GAAUAUUUUUUUAUGGGGAAUGGGGCUCUGUUCGAAAACAUUUCUUUCUCUUGUAGCCCUUGGAAGGAAAUUUCCCUAAAAAGUGCCUUAAAGCGUGAUGAUUUUUCCUAAAAAGUAAACCCAGUACAUCCUAAAGGGAUUCUACGUUGAAGGCAGAGCGAGAAGUUGAAUGGCAACAAGAGUGGGGUUGGACACACAGACAAGUGAUCACCCAAAAACGCGAGUAUUUGUGACCAGAGACAUUACGCAGCAGCGACCCACGGAGUUAGUUUCUUUCCAUCAGCCCAGUGGCGCACACACGCUCUUUUGUGCCUUUGUGAGUCAGGGGACUGUGAAGCCCCCAGUCUAAUCAGUGAAGUCCCCCUAUCUGUGUCACUAUUACACUCUGGCUAUAUCGCGAUAGCAAUGACAAGUUCCCAUUUACCCUGUGAUAUAGCCCUAUCAGUGCUCAGAAACUUUCCCAGCUCGUGAAUUCUGCUCCCACUGUUGUAAAACACUAUGGUGGGAUGCCACAGAGAUUCCCGGACGUAUACAUUUUUGUGCACUAGCCAGACACAAGAGCAGAGAGGCUAAAUUGUUCCGGAAGCAUUUCCCCCCGUGAGCGCGUGUGUGUGUGUCGAGGAAGAAAAGAUGUGGUGGACUUUGUUGUGAAAAGAAAACAGAAGAAUCCAACCCCGUCGGAAGGACAAGAGAGAUUCCUCGUGCCUUACAUCAGAGUCCAAAAUAAUAUUCCCUCAUCUUCCGUGUGUGAAGUAGUUAGCAAUGCGUUGCUGCUUUCCACUAAAUUUAGAAGUUCUUUUGCGUGCGUGAUCGGUGUGUGAGUGUACGGCGUGUUCCCAGGAAGUUUGUGGAGCAUUGGUGGAUCCUCAUUGUUAGGAUUUUGAAGGGUUGUGCAUUUGAGCCCGUGUGCGGAUCAUGAAAAUGAAAUGCUGGCUCACUGCUGCCUGUAAUAAUACUCUCAUGUCGUCUACGGUGACCAAGAUGCGACCAACAUCACUCAAUGUUCAGCAGCAGCAGAAUGUUGUUGAUAUUAAGAAAUUCCUCAGAGAGGCAUUCAAUUCCUGGCGAAGUAGAGAAACAUGCGGAAUUGUUCCUGGAGAUCGUAUUCAUGAACUCUUCAAUGAAUUGAAUUUCUCACCAACAGAUAAACAAGUGAAUGAUAUGCUGCAGACAGCUAAACAAUUUGCAAGGAGAUGCAAUUUGGAGAGUGCAAGUGGGCGAUCGCAUUUAGAUGGUCUCACAUUUGGUGAAUUUUGUGUACUUUUGGCUGAUUUUCGACGAUUUCGGACUUGCAGUGUGUUGAGUAAUCAUGACAGUGGCGAAUCAAAUGGAGGUGAAUCCGAUGCACUGCAUCCGUGUGAUCUUGUAGGCUCUCUAAGAAACACCAAUAAUUGCGUGAUGGGUAAGAAUUCCAUCACAAACUGCCAACCAUCAUUGAUAUUAGGAGAAAAUGGGGAUGCUGCAUUGCGAAAGGGGUGCAGCGGUAGCAGUAGUAGCUCCAAUAGUGAAAAUUUAGGCACAGCAGCUGCAGGAACAUCAGAUUGUGGAGCACCGGAGGUAUUUCUCGGUGGCUCAUGCAAUCCAACCACGUGGCGUGCCGAUGUAGCCAUUCCGACCCUCCAGCAUCUCGGGAUUUCGUUCUAUAACCCACAGGUGUCUGAUUGGACGCCAGAUCUCAUUGAGCUGGAGCACCGGGCAAAGGAGAAGGCACGCGUGCUAUUCUUUGUCAUUGAUUCAGAGACGAGGGCGUCUGCGGGGGCGAUCGAAGCGGCUCACAUUGCUGGACAAAAUUCAAAGCAUUUAGUGUUGGUGUUGCAUCCAUAUAAGCCCCAACAGAAGAUCCUCAAUGAACCCAUUUCAACACAAGAAUAUAUUGAUUUAACACGAAACCAGAAUCUUCUGCGGGAGCUCGUGCUGAGACGUGGUUUACCCAUUCUUGAUAGCAUUCCUUCCGGUUUGCAACGAACAAAGGCAAUUCUAUCGGGCAAUGAAGGUCAGAGUCCACCGUCAAAUAUUGCCUCAAGAUUAAUCUCUGUGCGUCGUGCAUUUGAUCGUAUCUGCGCCACAAGUGUCGAUGAGAUCACAACGCAUGAAUGUCAACUUGCACUGAGUUACCUGGGCUACACGAAUAGCAUCAUCUCCCAAGAAAAUAUCCGGAAAAUUGUGACGGUAAAUCGUGAUGUGCAGAAGAAAUGCGAAUCAAUCUUCAAGCGGCACGUCUAUCAUCAUCAUCAUCACCACCAGACAACGAGUCGUCGAAGUGGUGGCGAUGCAAAGGGUGUGCUGUAUGUUAAUUUUGAGGAAUUCUGCGUGAUUGCCGCAUACCUGUCGGUGCUGCAGCAGGAGAUGAAUGAGAAUACGUGUGUGUCACCCAUUAAAGGCACCAAUUUACCGCCUCCACCCAUUUUUCUCACAAAUACACCCGAGUGGAUUCACAAAAAUCGCGAAGCCCCCAUUUCGAGUGGUGAAGAAGGUGUAGCGGGAGAAGAGGGAAAGAAGGAAGAGCCACUGUAUACGUUACGCUUCAAAUCAGCCCCUAGUUUAUCGCGUGAGAGUCAGAGGAAGCGCGAUAGUGGUACAUCGUCGCCACUGCCGCAGGAAUCAUCGGGAUCAUCGUUGGCGGGACGUGAUGUGGGGCUGCCGCAAUUCCCAGUGUCUCGUCCCCUGGAGCGACGAGUGGAUGAUGAGGAGGACAAUGAUUCGGUGUUUUCGGAUGAUGCAGCGUCGAGUGAGAGUAGCAGUUCGGAUUCCAGUAGUGAUAUGCGCGAUAUCUUCCUCGGUGGGAGUUGCAUGAGGCGCUCACGAUGGCGCGAAGAUUACGCCGUACCCGUACUCAAGGCACGUGGUAUGACGUACCAUUUACCCUUUGAGGGUAGAGACUACGAAGGGGGUGAUGAUGGUAGCGGGAUGCCGGAGAAGAGACUCAAAUACAACACACGACUCCCGGAGGUGAUCACGGAUGAUGCAGCAGUGAGACAUUUAAUUGAUGAGCCCCUCUUCAAUCCCACCCUCCUCGAUUCCAGCCGUGUCCUCCUCUUUGUCAUCACCAAUGAGACGCGCUCUCUUGCACCAAUGACCCUGGCAGCGCACUACAUUGGCCUAGGCUAUGACGUAGUACUCUGUGUUCAGAUGUUGGUUGACAGUAUUAUUGGGAAUGAAAGGCUGACCCCCACGGCAAUCAAAGAUUACAACAGAGGCCGUGACUACUUAAUCGAUCUUGCAAAGAGGCAAGCAAUUCCGGUUUACAGUGAUAUUCAGGCAGCUCUGGAAUGUGCCAUAGAAAAAGCCAACAUGCAUAAAUCAAUUGCAUCCAUUUGAGAGAGAAUCUUCGGCAUCCUAGUCAGAGGAAUCCUUCAGAGUGACGGAGAAAAAGUUAUUAUUUUCUUCUUCUCGCUCGCUCUCUCUCUCUCUCGAAAGGAAAAUAUUCCCCAGAAGAGAGAGCAUCGUUGAAUGGUGCAGAAUCUUCUGAUUUCUUUUUAUAUAAAAAAAAUAAAUUCUCAGUGUUUUAUUAAGUGGAAAGCAACAACAAAAAAAAGAUCUUAAUGGAUGAGGUGGUAAAACAAAAGCACGUUUGUAUUAGGAAAUUAAUAAGAUUUUGGUGUUUAAGAAAUUUUAUACAAAAUGCAAAAAAAGGGAAAGUAAUUGUUCAAUUUUUUUUAAAGAAUAUUUGAGCAAAAGGGUUCUUUGUUAUCUAUAGAACUUCUCUAAUCUUAUCUUAAAAAAAUACAUAUAUUUUUACGCACAGUGGAGAAGAGAGAAAAUUUUACAAUGUAAAUAUUUUUUUUAAAAAAACAUUAAAUUGUGCGAGUUUUUCUUCUUUUUAAAAAAGCAGAUUAAUGCAUCAAAAAAAUAUUUAAAAAAAAAUAUACAUUUUUAUUCUAAUACUAAAAUGAUGGAAAAAAGUGUCUGGGGAAACACAUGAUACACACCACUAAAAUGUACAUAACAAAGCGAUAUUAAAGAUUCUUUUAAGUGCGAGAAAAUUUAUUGAAAAAAAUGUUAACUUCUGUAGCGUGUAGAUUAAUGCAAAUUUUAGCAUAAUGUUUUAUAUAGAGUAAAAAUUAAAAAAAAAACUUUUAUUAAUGUCCCUUAAAAGUAUAAUUUAUAAUAAAAUAAAAAUAAAUAAAUAAAAGAGUAGAUGGAAUAAAAUUUUUGAUGGAAAAUCAUGACACUAAA